GAAUUUGGCGUUUGUCUCUCGCAGGGUUGGGGGUGCAGUUCUUCUGCUAUUUCCAAAGAGCGUUUGCUGGUAAAUAACUGGCUAUCAUUUAUUAAAGUGGACACAUUUUUCAAAAUUCUUGUCUUGUGGAGCAGAAACCUGUAGGAAAGCUGCAAAGAGUGCGUCUCUGCGAAGCCGCAAGUAUUAGCCACACCGAUGUCUGCAGUAACAAUCAGAUGCAAAUCUGUUCAAACAUGUUAGAGGUAUGACUGAAUUCUCUUUCCGCUCUUUCCAUAAAACAAUUCUGCGAAGUCUCAUUGAAUGUGGCAUUCAAUGAGAAUACAGCCAGAAAUGUAAGCAAAAGCAGUAGAGAUGCAUUCAUUAAUUCAUACAAACAUUAUUUUUUCUGAAUUUUGUGAUGCUUGUGGCAUUCGUCAGUCUUAAAAUUUAUAACUAUCGGCUUAUUUUCUCAUGCAGAGUUUAUCAUAAAAUAAAUAAAUAUUACAAAAUUAUUGUAAAACAAUGUAUAUAUUACAUUGUGUACAUUAUAUUACAUUACUGUAAAGUUAUGUGUACAUAUUUUCAGAAUAUACAUGUUAUACGAAAAUAUUGUUUUUUGUAGUCAAUUUGUUUUUAUAAUUUCGCACAUUUCCUUGGAAAUUAUAUAUGCCUUAGACCCCACCAAGCCUACAUCCACCCCAGCCCCCAUCUUUGUGUCAUGGGAGCACAACUCUAGAUAAGUAGAACUUGGAAUUGCGUUCAGGGUGAUCAAAAACAAAGAAAAGAAAGAAAUGAAAUUGAAACUAACUUCAACCACCAAAAAAUCGAUGAGGCUACCUUUCCCUGGCAUCCAGUUUGCGCACCCACCUUGCAGCCAGGCCGUGGCUGGUGGACCCGGAUCCCCAAAGAUGAGACCAAGAAACCAGAUGUAGGCUCCAGUCUCCCUCCCCCUACUUGCGCCCCCUCUUCUCCCUGGGUCCCCUCUUCUUCUCGCCCCGGCGCACGGCACCCCCAUUCGCGUUUCCCCUCGCAGGACCCCACCCCACGUCCUGCACCCAUACCCAUUCCGGGGGCCUCGCUGUGCUGCCUUCCCCAGCCGGGGUUCCCACCCCCUCACCCCAGGUCCUCUGGCUCUCCCUAGCGCCCCCGCUCCCCCCAAUCGAUCCUCGGCGCUCCAAAGCGCCCUUUCAGCAUCCCCAGGGCCCCUUGUUCCCCCGGCGUCCCCUGUCCCCCACCGCCUCUCCAGCGCUCCCGAACGCCUCUCAGCUCCCCCAGCGACCCGCCCCCGCUUCAGCGCCCCCCAGCGGCCACGCGCUCCAGCCCUGACGUCGCGCACUCGCUCCCCCGGCGCUGUCUCAGACGAGCCCGGCGCCGAUUGGCCCCGAGACGCGGGAAGUGCCCGCCUCCAGUACCCUCCUCCAAUGGGAGGAGGGGGCGGACCCGCGCCGGGCGCCGGAAGCGGCCGUUCGACGAAGGGACGUCGCGUCGCAGGGUCUAGAGCAGCUGCUGCGGAGCCGCCGGACGGACCGCCUGCACCCGCCUGCCCCUCCUGCCCCUCCUGCCCCGUCUGCCUCGUCUGCCCCGCCAUGGCUGAGAGUGACUGGGACACGGUGACGGUGCUGCGCAAAAAGGGCCCCACAGCCGCCCAGGCCAAGUCCAAGCAGGCCAUCUUAGCAGCUCAGAGGCGAGGAGAAGAUGUGGAGACUUCCAAGAAAUGGGCCGCCGGCCAGAACAAACAGCACUCAAUCACCAAGAACACAGCCAAGCUGGACCGGGAGACGGAGGAGCUGCACCACGACCGGGUCACCCUCGAGGUGGGCAAGGUGAUCCAGCAGGGCCGCCAGAGCAAGGGGCUGACACAGAAGGACCUGGCGACGAAAAUCAACGAAAAGCCGCAGGUCAUCGCGGACUAUGAGAGUGGCCGGGCCAUACCCAACAACCAGGUGCUGGGCAAAAUUGAGAGAGCCAUCGGCCUCAAGCUCCGGGGGAGGGACAUCGGGAAGCCCAUUGAGAAGGGGCCCAGGGCAAAAUGAACACAAAGCCUCGAAAUCAGUGCGUUCCGGCUGAGCUCACCUGGCUGGUUGCCCUCGACCACCUGCGGCAGCGCGUUCUCAUCACGCGGCCGAGCGGACCCGGCGGCAGCCCUGCCCAGACCCCUCCACCCACGCCUGCUGUCAGACUAACAAACAGAACCUUGCAAAGUGUCCGCCACUCCUCGUCCCCCUCCACCCCCCGUCCCCGUCCCCGUCCCCGUCCCGUCCCUCCAGGGGGCGCAGAGCGCUGCCUUCCUCUCCCCUGGCUCUGCCCAGUCGCCGCUGUGGCUCCCGAGGGGACCACCUCCCGCGGGUGGGUGGCCGGACCGUGGGGAGAGGAGCUGCGCCUGCGCCCGGCUCGCGGCGACGGCAAUAAACGUGUGUUGCCCUCCCUGC